AUGUCUUCUUUAACUUCCCAGUUGCAGUCGAUUCUGUCUGCGGGACACAACUCUUUCAAGUUGGUGUACACAGCACCAGCCAACCAGUUCAUUCUCCCAUUGACCAAACAGAUUCUGGUGCUUGAUUCGUCGUUCAAUCCGCCGCACAAUGGCCAUUUCUCGUUGAUUGCCAAAUCGAUGAACCAUAGCAGGCUCGACGACCAUUCCAUGUCGCACACAAGUAUCAAUUCAAAGUCUGUGCUUCUGCUGCUGUCGGUGAAAAACGCCGACAAAGGCGUGCAACCGGCGAAAUUUGAAGAUCGGCUCGCAAUGAUGUACAAAAUGGCCGACCACAUCAGCGAACAACUCGGAGUCGCUUGCGGAGUCGGAAUCACCAAUUGUUCAUUGUUCGUCGACAAGGCAAAAGAAAUACAGAAUUACCUUGCCGAGACACAAUCAAACAACUUGAAGCUCACAUUCUUGCUUGGCUACGAUACACUGAUAAGGCUUUUGGACCCGAAAUAUUAUGUGCCGCAGAAACUCGGCGACGCAUUGGGCUCUUUUUUCUCUACAAACGACUGUUUUGUUCUCACUCGCAAGAACACAUCUCUCUCCUUGGAGGACCAAUUGAGCUUUGUCGGCAUGAUCAAAGACGGCCAGUUGGCAGACGUUCCUGCUACCUGGGCCGAUAAGAUCCACGUCGUGUCCGGAGACGAUAAAAACCUCAACGUGAGCUCCUCCGACAUCCGAAAACUGAUCCAAGCGAAUGAAACCAGCUGGACGAGCAACACAAUGCCCAAAGUGGCAGAGUACAUCACGUCGCAUCACCCCUACCAAUAA